AUGACACUGCAGCAGCAGCAGCAGCAGCAGCUGUUGCUGCAGCAGCAGCAGCAGAGAGUGCAGUCACCAACUAGCAGCAGCAGCAGCAGAAAGCAGCAGCAACAGCAGCAAAAGUACGAGCAGCAGCAGCAACAGUACCAGCAACAACUGCAGCAGCAGCAGCAGCAGCAAGAACAGCAGGACGAGCAGCAGCUGGAGUAUGUCUGCUGGCUAACCGUAUCUCAGCAGCAGCAGCAGCAGCAGCAGCAGCAGCAGCAGAAGCAGCAGGAGCAGAGAGGGCAGGUAACAGGAAGAAUAAGGAAGGGACAAGAGAAGCAACUAGCAGCAGCAGGAGCAGCAGCAGCAACAGCAGCAACAGCAGCAGACCUGUAUACCAGCACAACCAGCAACAGUACACCCGCAACAAAAGCAGCAACAGCAACAACAGCAACAGCAGCAGCAGUUACAGCAGCAGCAGCAGCAACAGCAACAGCAGCAGGAACAGCACCAGCACCAGCAGCAACAGCACCAGCAGCAGCAGCACCAGCAGCAGGAACAGCAGCAGCAGCAGCACCAGCAGCAGGAAUAGCAGCAGCAGCAGCAGCAGCAGCAGGAGAGGCGUGCCUCAACAUCUUGUAUUUUUAUUUUUUUAAUUCAAUCGAAUCGAAGUUAAAGCAACAGCAGCAGCAGCAACAGCAACAUAAGCAGCAGCAGCAGCAACAGCAACAGCAACAUAAGCAGCAGAAGCAGCAGCAGGCGCAACAACAGCAGCUGCAACAGCAGCAGCAGCGGCAACAGCAACAACAACAGCAGCAACAAAAGCAGCAAUAG